GGGAUUUGUCGAAUAUCACGUGUGUCCAAUCGAGUAGUCAGCAGUGCGUAAGAUUGUAUAUAAAUGAGGUGUGUUCUUGUCUGUCUGUCUUCUUGUCAGGGUACGGCCUGGACCGAAGGCGAUAGUACAGAGUGAAGGGGAGAAAUAGGCGUGUCCCCCUGGUGGUCACCUGGUGUUCACUGGUGGUCACUUGGUGAUGGCAGGUAGGGGUAUCCACAGUAGUUUAUUGAUCUCUCCCCUCUCUAUCUUCCUCCGUCUCGACUCCUUACUUAUAGCCAGCCGAGGUUCUCUGUUGGAUUCUGGAUGUUUGCUUCCGCAUGUCUGUGUUCCUCCGACUUCGGCCAACAUCUUGGAUAGCGGCUCUUUAUCUGCAACCAAGCGAUUCCCUAUCCGCUGCAAACGGCUUCAACAGCUCUCAUUCGCCACAAACGACUUCCUUCCUGGUGGAAGCCGGCCCGCCUCGGAUGACACUUGUGGCUCUGACACUUCUGUUCUCGCGAACUCCCGUUGCUCUGCCUUUUAUAGAUGCUUUAGAACAUGUCGGUAACUUUGGUGUUACUUUUGAGAAGAGGGGUUCCUUUCGCCUUCUGAACUUUAAGUGACAAUAGUCUUCUCUAGUGCCAUAUUAUUUCUGAACCUAGGAACCAGGUGCCCUAUCUGACAG